UAUAAUCUUAGAAUGGACAGAGAUUCGUGCCAAAAUUUUUCAAUCGACUCGACUAGUAGUUCGCAGUUGCCGCUUCCCCCAACAUGUAUUCCCAAGCGGAAGGAGGUGGUUGAGGAAAAGUCCACCGAGGAGAUGUCUCCACAUUGUUCUAACAUUAUCACAUCUUCUUCCUCGUCCUCGACCACCACCAUAUCGAUUGGAGCCUUUGAUUCGCAAUGCAACGUCCACAAGUCAACGGUUCCCGAGGCCCCAAAUAUUGGCUACGAGCUGAGCGUGGCCAAGUCAAUAAUGCAGCAAUACAGCACUCUAAGUGGAGACAAUUUAUUUGAUCACUUGAGUGAUAUUAUUAAGCGCGUCAUUGAUGAGCGUCCCCCCAACGUAAUUGAUUUUUUCGAGGAGUUCAGUAGGAAUGUGAGGGAACAGAAAUUUCAUUUGCCGGAACGCUUUCCGCCAAAUGGUGUCUUUGAUGAAGUUCGUACCUUCCGGGUGGCCAAGAGAAUACUUCAGUCCAUGAAGUUACCCUACAAUAUUGAGGGAGAUGAACUGGGUGCCGGCGAGGAUAUGUCCGGCGAGGAUUCAAAAACCAAUGAAGAACUUAGGUUGGUUUUGGAUGAUUCGAUGCGUUUAUUCGUCACCUUCAACGAACGCGUCCAGCAGCUGCAAUUUUACUGGAAUCAAUGCGGAUUCAGUAUUAGUAACGAUGACAUCUUUCAGUUGGCCAGUGCCAUGAACCGUCUUCAGACCCACUCCUCGAUACUGCAAUGCCGCUUUUGGGGCUGCAUCAAUGGACUAAAGGCCUCAUACUACAUUGUAGAAGCCUCCUUGACCCGCGAGGAAAUAGCCUCAAGAUUGGUGAUGAUGCAGGAGGAGCUGAAGGAGAAACAAACGCCUUUAAAGAUGCGAAAGUUCAACGAGGAGAAGCCAGUGCCAGCGCACAUUGGUCCCGAACUGACCCCUGGUAUAUAUGGCUGGGAAGACUAUCCGUUCGAAGAGCUGGAAAACAUGAAGCCAAAAGCCGCAGCCGUUCCCUUGGUUGAAGAGAUAGAGUUCUAUGACAUACCUCCAGAGUUAAUUGGCCUCGGUUGCAAUCGGUACUCAUAUUUUGUGGUCAACAAUUUGUAUGACGAUUGGAUCGAGCUGCCAAUAGUAACUCCCCGCCAAGUAGUCGUUUCCCGGCAGAUCAAAAAGUUCCUUACUGGUGAUCUGGAGGCGGAUGUCAUAUCGUAUCCAUGCUUCCCGGGAAAAGAGAAGCAUUACCUGAGGGCCAUGAUAGGUCGCAUUACGGCUGGGACUUAUAUUGCGCCAAUGGGAUACUAUAGGCGGAUGACCAAAAAGGAACUACGAAUGUUCAAUGGGGAUGAGAUGGAUGAGGGCGAGGAAGAGGAGGAGGAGGAGGAAGAAGAGGAAGUAAACGAAGGAGAGGAGGAACCGAUCGAAGACAACGACGUAAUGCUGUUGAAAAACGAGAAGUACGAACCAGAACCAUUAGGUUCUUUGUCCACUCCAGUAGCCUGGGUUCAUGUGCGCUCCAACAUACUUAAUCAAGGACGAGUUGUGUGGUAUGAUGAAGAAAAGGCCCAGAAGGAACGGGAGAAGGCAUUGGCUAUGUGGAUGAAAAUGCAGUUGAUGGACGAGAUGGAAGAGGAGGCGGAGGAUACGGAGGAGGAAGAAGGCGAGGAGGAGGGUGAAGAGGAGGGCAUGAUUGAGGGUUUCAACCAGCCGGAAGUGGGACCUAGCAUCCUAUCGUCCUGUGCCAAUGAUAUGAGCCCGGAAGUUCCAGUGCCGUGGCUCGUCCGCCAAACAAGCAAGUACACAAACCAAAAGGAGCGAAUGCUUGUCAUGCAAUCCAAUGUCUGGCCGGGAGCCUACACCUUCAUUUUCGAAUCCACUUGCGAAUCGAUCUAUCUGGGCUGGGGCCACAAGUACUAUGCCCGCAACAUACCCUUCAAGCACUUGCCCCUUGUACAGGAGGAGUACCCCCACGAUCGCGAAGACUUCAUCGAGGCCAGUGAUCCGACCGUUGAGGAAGAGGCUGCCUACCGAGCUUGGCUCCUCCGGAAGGAGCAGAAGGCUGCCUAUGUGGCGGAGGACCUGGAGGAUUACGACGACGAAGAGUUCAACGAUCAGUACGACGAUGACUAGAAAUUUGUUAAAUUUUAUGUUUAUG